CUUCCCUAUCCCCCCCCCCUCCUAAGGGAAAGUUUCUCGUCCCUUCCCCGGGCCCUGCCGCAAUUUCCAUUAAUAGCCAGCUGAGCUGCCCGGCUAAAAAUAACCACGGCCCCCCCUUCAUAAGUGUCUGCCGGACACCCCCUCCGGCAGCCCCGUGCAAGCAUGGCCGAGCGCCGCGUCCCCUUCACCUUCCUGCGCAGCCCCAGCUGGGGAGCCUUUUCCGGGACUGGUACCAUGGGCAGCCGCCUCUUCGACCAAGCCUUCGGGAUGCCCCACAUCCCCGAGGAUUGGUACAAGUGGCCCAGCGGGAGCGCCUGGCCGGGAUAUUUCCGUCUUUUCCCUCGGGAAAGCGCCCUGAUUCCCGCACCUCCCGGGUCUCCCUUCGGACAAGCGCUGAGCCGGCAGCUGAGCGGCGGCAUCUCCGAGAUCCGGCAGACGGCAGACAGCUGGAAGGUCACCCUGGAUGUCAACCACUUCGCCCCCGAGGAGCUGGUGGUCAAGACCAAGGAUAAUGUCGUGGAGAUAACCGGGAAACACGAGGAGAAGCGUGAACACGGCUUCAUCUCCCGCUGCUUCACCCGAAAAUAUACCCUCCCCCUGGUGUGGAGAGCCACGGCCGUGAGGUCCUCGCUGUCCCCUGAUGGGAUGCUGACAGUGGAAGCCCCCCUGCCCAAGCCAGCCAUCCAGUCUGCUGAAAUCACCAUCCCUGUCACCGUGGAGAGCCAAGCCCAAGGAGCCAGCCAAGAAGUAGGUGGCAGUGAGGAAGAAGAGGAGGAGGAGAAGCUGCCACUGCCCCCCCGUGUUCCUCAUGCCCACCACCCACCCCUUCACCCCCCCCUCCCAUUUUUAUUUGUCCAUUUUGUACUCACCCAGUCACCGAGUGCCUUGAGUCAACGGGAAGGAACCGAGAGACUCCAGAUGGAAUAAACAAAGUGGUGAAAGAAA